ACUCCGACUUUAAUCGUACUUAUGCGAAAGAGGCCGAGUUGGAGCGAAGCUGUCCGGAACAUCCGGCUUUAGCUUCUCAACAUAAACAGCUAUGGCGGAGGCAGCAGCAGCGUCUACGGCAGCUUCAGGAGUAAUAGGAGGCUGGACCAAACACGUAACCUGCAGAUAUUUCAUGCAUGGACUUUGCAAAGAAGGAGACAACUGUCGAUAUUCCCAUGAUUUGACCAACAGCAAACCUGCAGCCAUGAUUUGCAAGUUCUUUCAGAAGGGAAACUGUGUGUUUGGGGAGCGUUGCAGGUUUGAACACUGUAAACCAGCAAAAAACGAGGAGCUGCCAACCCCCCAGAUGCUGCCGCUGCCUUCUGUCUCGCUGGCUGGCCCGUCAGACCCAGAACCCAGUGGGCCAACACCUGGCCCAGGGGCACAAGACUGGGUCAACGCUGCAGAGUUCGUACCAGGACAGCCAUACUGUGGACGGGCUGAACAAGUGAAGGUGGAGAGCUCCGUCCCUCUCAUCGAGGAGUUUGACAGUGAGACAGCACAGGACAACAAACAGUUGAGGAAGCAGCUCUGUCCAUACGCUGCUGUUGGUGAGUGCCGCUAUGGAAUCAACUGUGCCUAUCUCCACGGUGACGUGUGUGAUAUGUGUGGCCUCCAGGUGCUCCACCCCACUGACAACAACCAGCGCUCCGAGCACACCAAGGCGUGCAUCGAGGCCCAUGAGAAAGACAUGGAGAUUUCAUUUGCCAUCCAACGCAGCAAGGACAUGAUGUGCGGUGUGUGUAUGGAGGUGGUGUUUGAGAAGGCCAACCCAAGCGAGCGCCGUUUUGGCAUCCUCUCCAACUGCAGCCACUGCUACUGUCUAAAAUGCAUUCGCAAGUGGAGGAGUGCCAAACAGUUUGAGAGCAAAAUCAUCAAGUCUUGCCCAGAGUGCCGAAUCACGUCCAACUUUGUCAUCCCAAGCGAGUACUGGGUAGAAGAUAAGGAUGAUAAGCAGAAGCUCAUCCAGAAAUACAAGGAUGGCAUGGGGAGUAAACCGUGUCGAUAUUUUGACGAGGGUCGUGGAACGUGCCCUUUUGGUUCAAAUUGCUUCUACAAACAUGCCUUUCCUGAUGGACGGCUGGAGGAAGCUCAACCACAGCGACGACAGACCGGAUCCAACAGCAGAAACCGGAACUCGAGGCGAACACCACUGUGGGACAUCUUCGAUGAGAGGGAAAGCACUGAUUCUUUCGACAAUGAGGACGAGGAGAUGGUGACAUUUGAGCUGAGCGAGAUGCUCCUCAUGCUGCUUGCCGCAGGAACCGAUGACGAGGUGACAGAUUCAGAGGAUGAAUGGGACUUGUUUCACGAGGAGCUGGACGAUUUCUAUGAAAUUUACCUAUAGCAGCCCCACCCACUAACCUCCCCCAGCCCUUAUGUAUACUAGACACUAGAAUGGACUGUCUUGUGUGAGUGAUGGACAGUAGCUUUUUCCCACCCCCUGUAUUGUGGCAGUGCCUUUAAGCAGGCCAUUAAUAAAUGAACUUACAAAAGAGAAAGAAAAAAAAAAUCCAACAAGUCAGUGCGCUCGUGCUAAACAUUUUCUAGACAUCUAUCCUUGUGAGUCUAUCUUGUGCGGUUCAUGUUAAAAGGAAAAAUAAUAAAAUGAACUCAAUAUAAGAUUUAAGAAAAAUUAUAACUUUCUUCAAAUAUUGCUAAUAAAAUUGUUAAGUCCAUUUGUGGGUGUGGGUUUGACUUGUUUAUCAUCUACCCAGGUGUUUGUACAUAAUACUGAGACUCUGAGGAUGCACUCAAACUUACUCAGCACCAUUUACUGUAACAGUGAUGGGCAUGUUGUAAGGUUUUACACACGGUUUCUGAAAGUCGGAACUGUUUUUUUUUUUUUUUCUUUAUUAAAGUUGUUGAUAGCCAAUAUAUUGUACUGAUGUUUAAUGAAUUUACCAUAAUCACUUUCACAUUGUACUGAAAAGUAUUUAACACAUCCCCUAGAGUUCUAUACUUUAUUAAAAACCCUUUCAUGAGACAUUAGAUCAUAAUGGAAGACAAACUGUCAAUCAAAGCCCAAAACGUGGAAGUCUUGUAGCAUUUGUGUCUGUGUAAAGUAGGGUGAACACCAGCCCUGAUUCCCGGAUGGUCAUCUUUGUUACUCUGACAGUUCAGUCUCUGAGUGGUUCUCAGCAUUAGUUAGUGGAAGAAUGUUGAAAAUAAGCACCAGAUGGUUGGCAGUGUUCUAAGACUUAUAAGGAGGGGAGCAAAAACAAAGAAAUGCAGGAUUUCUGUUACACUCAGUAGCUGGAGUGUGUGAAAAAGACUUGGAGAGAAACAUCAUGUCAUAAAUACGUGCAUGAAAGCAGCAUUUUUCCGCACACAUUGGUAAACUCCAGCUCCUCAUUCAGAGGUGUUUUCACAGAUUAACUAAGGCUGGUCUGUAAUUACAGAGUGCUGCUCAUUGCUGCCACUGGUGACCAGAAGCUAUACUACAGCAAUACUACUGAACAAAUUGGUAGCCACCUUUGUACACUGUAUCUUUCAGAGUGGCCACCCAGUCAGUAACUCAUGUUCUGAGCUACUCAGUGACUGAAGUGUCUAGGUUAUAGAGAUGAUGAUCUUCUACCGUGAUACAUUGUGUGACAGGUCCUGGAACUGAGCUAGUGAUAAAUCUCCAAGUAAAAUGAACCCCCCACCCCUCUGUCACCCCUCUGUAAUCCCUUUACAGUAGUGUGGGAAACACACUGCCUUUGGAUAAACAAUUAUUUUACUGUGCAUCUCAAGUCAAAUGUCAUGUUUGGUUUUCCAGAUGCUGUUGUCUUUCUGUGAUCACCUUUAGCAUAAAAAUCAUGCUGGGCCCCAUACAUCAACUGCUGCAUCAGUCAAAUAGGUGAGACAGAGAUGGGAGAGCGUCUUUGAGGUGUUUUGCUCUCCACCAUUCUGAAUCUCAGCAUCUAGGAACAUCUGUGGUACCAAAAGCCGAGUCCCUCCUCAGAACCAGGCUUAAGAGUCAGCCCCUCAGCAGAAGAAGCUGAGAGACUUUCAUUUCCCACAACAGCAGUGUGAAGCGUAGACUCGCUGCUCUCUGUUGGCAUCACUCAGUAAUGCAUUUUAAGCUUUGCUGCUAAGAUGCUCAUCUACUGACUCCUGAUUGCCGAUCUCAGCCAGUUGAAACUCCAUUGGAAUGCAUAUGUUUAUACUGAAAUGUGUGUUUUCUAUGUUCCACAGCCAUCCAUCUUAACUUGAAAUAAAAGUUUAUUAUCAACCUC